AUGUCAGACAACAACGAAGGCUCUCUCAAACCCCCAUCCCCUCAGUUGACCCAGAGCCAAAUAGUAGACACAGCUGUUUCUAAUCCAUGUGAAGCCAGAUCAGAUCCACCUGAGGCUGGAACAGCACUUGUAAAAGGCAAGGCAAAGCGUCGCAAACGCACGAAGACUGGAAAGCGAUUCAAAGUUCCCAACCCCUACAGCGGCGAGCACCAUACCUUCAUUGAUGAUGGAUGUAAGACUGAUUCUCAAGGGUAUCCCAUUUGUCCAAAUGGAGAGACAGUGUUUGUUAAGACGGCUCGUGAGGCCAUUACGAAUUUUGGCCAUAUCGUGUAUCCUCAUACUCAGAAAACUUCUGGAGCAAAAGAUGAUGCACCUUGGAAGACAACGUGGUACACAUGUCUAGGUGUCUUGGAUUGUGAUAACGACACCUGCCAAUAUGCUGGACCUACACCCACUGGCGAUGGGAAGGCAGCCGAACUUAUAAUGAACUGCCGUGUUGAUGUCGAAAAAGACACAGGGUGGGCUAUACUUCGACACUCAGGCAUUCACUCUCACGUCUGGGCUUUGCCAAAGAAGGCUGACCCGCUUGCCAUGGAGGAAAUGGCUGCAGAAGUUGUGAAGAAUCCUAAGGCUGGUCCGAUGGUGCUAAAGGUUGGCCAAGCUCGUGCAGGGCAGAACAUCACCCCUUCUGUUGGCGAAAUUCAUCCAGCAUUUGCCCAUAGUGGUCGCCUAGGAUACUUGAGGCGCGAGAUUCUUAAGCAAAAGGGACUAAUAACUGAACAGGAGAGCAAAGGUGGAGGAGAUUCUUUUAUAUUAAAUAUAAUGCACUGGGGAAGCGAAUGGAUGGCUCAAAUGCUGGUCCGCCGUGAUCCUGACACCAAGAAGGUUUACUCUGGAGGCCUUCUCUCAGAUGUCACUUACCGCUUCUUCAAGAACGGCUACCUAUUGACCACCUCAAUGUAUAGUGACCGUAUGCACCGCUGGAUUCCUGUACAGCUCACAUGGAUGGCUCAUCUCGACGUAGCCCAUUACCAAGGACAUUUCACAUUGCUCAUGAAGCAAAUGCGUGAUGCAGAGGACAUUACACCAUUUGAAUGUGAUCAGCUGGUUCGGCAAGUGGUUGACUUCUCCUCUGCGCAGAAGAAAGGAUUUGUCAGUGCCUAUAUGGAUGUUUUCAACGAACGAGACCCAGACAAAGCCAUGUCCAAACUGAAGGGAUGUCGCGAGCACUACCGCCAAUCUAUCACUCGAAUUACACGCAAUCGUGGGGUGGUGCCGGCAGGUGACGAAGUGGGUUUUAUCCAUUUCAUCUAG